AAAAAGGGCAGCUACGGAGCGACAAAAACAAUUCUCUCGAGCCGUCCACUUGAUGGAAACAGCUCCUCCAAAACAAACAGUGUUGUUUGGAGGUGAUACAAAUCUACGAGAUAAAGAGGUGGAGAAGUUUUGCUUGCCGACAUCCAUUCAUGAUGUCUGGGAGAUGAUUGGAUCCCCUUCAGAGAGCAGAUAUACCUGGGAUCAGACUAGCAAUGAUAACAAAGUCUGGCCAUUCCGAAACCGAUCACGCCUUCGUUUUGACCGCCUUUAUUUGAGGCACCCCGAAACGAUGUCAGAAGUCCUAGCACCAAACACGUUCGAUCUUCUUGGCAGAGAACGGCUCUCAUGCAACAAGUUUCCAAGUGAUCACUGGGGCAUUGUUUGUGAUUUUCAGUCAAAAAUGGACGAGCCGGAAAACAAAAUGGCCGCGCCCUUGGAACAAAAUUACAACAUUUGGAACAUGAGAGGAACAAAAGCAAAUACAAAUGGCCCAAGGAAGCGGCGAAAUGAAAGGUCAAACAACUCUCAAGAAAUACCGACAACAGCGGCAACCAACACCAUGACCACAAUGGAGGAGGGUACCGACAUGAUCGACCAAAGCGACGUGUAUGUAAAUCGAACAGCAUCAACAGGUUCUCGAAGUAGCAGAAGGAAGGAAAUGAGGCAGAAAAAGGGUCUUCUUUCAAAAUGUUUCCAUGUUGGAAAGUAUGUUUUACUUGUUCUGAUUUUACCUGCCAUACUGAACCAUGCAUCACUAUAUCGGGAAGCUGCCGAGUUGAAACCAAAGGGUGAGUUGUACGAUGUUGGUUGGAAUCACAAGCUUCAACUGAACUGUGCCGGAUCUGGAGCACCAACAGUUGUCCUUGACGCACCGACUGGUAUGACAUCUGAUGUGUGGUGCUUGAUUCAACCUAGGAUUGCUAAAUUCACCAGGGUGUGUUCUUAUGACCGGGCUGGACUUGGCUUCAGUGAAAGGACACCAAUGAAUUUUUCAUCAGAAGCCUACACAGUUGUCAAUAAAGAGAGGGGUCAACCCAGCACCGUAGAGAGGAUGGCUGAAGACCUGUACCAUCUGCUGCGAUUUAGCAGCGACCAGCCUUUGCCAUUUAUCUUGGUGGGGUCAGAAAUUGGCUCUUUAAAUGCAAGGUUCUUCACUCAGAUGUAUGAAAGUGCUGUGGCUGACUUAGUUCUAGUUGACCCUUUAGUUGAAGGAAUGUUUGAGCUAGACGAUGGAAUAUGGAACAGCUUUUGGUUUGAACAUCUUUUACCCUCUUUCCAGUCACUGCAACUCUCUGCUGCUAUUGGUCUAUCCCGGAUUGUCUUGCUACUGGGUCUAAUGGAGCUGCCAAUCACAGGCCAGGUUAUACCAGAAGACGUUGUCAUCAGACAAAAAUACUUGCUGUGCCAGCCACGCCACUUGAGUUCCAUUGUUGACGAGCAUUAUUUCAUCAACCAAAGUCUAUCACAGCUGAGAACAGCGUUCCAAAUCAAGCCAUUUCCAGAAUCAGUAUCUGUGACCGUGAUAACUGGCAACUAUUACGAUGAUCAGCUACCCAGCUCACUCAACAAGGUAUGGGCGAAAUCUCAGCAACACUUGAUGUCCAAAAUUCACCCCAAUGCCAAGCACAUCCUGAUCAAUGGAGCUGACCAUCACAUGUUAUAUCGCAAUCCUAAUGCCAUCGUCGAGCCGGUACGCAAGUUGGUGAAACAGUGGCGAGCCAGGAAUAGCGCUGCUUACCAGAGGAGCUUAAAAACAAAUACAGAUUCGCCCCCCCAGUGAACCUCAAGAAAGUAGGACAUCAUAACAUUCAGCAGAUUACACUAAAGAGCAUCUUUAAAAGUGUUGGAGGUCUCGAGGCUGGCCUUGGCCUCUUGGCUCGUGGAACCUAGACUCUCCAAUGGCAUGAUGGAGCUAAAUAGUUUUUUUAUCCCCAGGGAACAUACUUACUUCCAUUGAUUGUUGUGUGAAAAGGAUAGCUUUUCUGUUGCAUUAGGCUACAUGUACUCAUUGAAAUUGUUUUCCUGGGUUGGGAUCGCUUGAAAUAAAAACCUACCUCUUUUGUGUUGUCCUUCGGUUCUACAUUCCAUGACAAGUUCUGCUUAAAAGGUGAAAUGUAAGCUUUCUGUACAAACUUUGUUCUCUGCAAAUUUCUAGAAAAGAAUUUUCGGCCAAAUUUCUGAUUCACUCUUUGACAUUUUGAACGGUUUGUCAAAAAUCAGGGGAACCAAAAAUUGACCAAGAAUUUACAGGGAGAUUGGUUACUCUCUUCAUGUGAUUCCAAAUACGUUGUUCAUUCUCAUUUAUAUGGUUGCAGGACUCAUUUGGCAACUGUGUGAACUUCAAACUAUCUUACAUGUACCUGAUUUUGUUUUGGGAUUAAUAGCCUGCAUUUAAGCCUUACCUUUUUACAUUUUAGUUUUUAUGAUUGAAAAAAUAUUGAGGAAUUAUUUUGUGAGGAAUUAUUUUGUGGGGAAUUGUAUGUGUAAAGAGCAAUUAAAGUUUUACAUUUUUCUCUUUUUGUUAUGGUGGGGGACUCCAUACUCCUACUUUGUUGAGAGAAAUCUAAAAAUUGAACUUUGCAACACCUGCCAAACAAGAGGGAAUUAUGCCAAUUCAGAUUUGUUUACUGGGUUGUUAACAAUGUUAACUGAAAGUACAUGUAACUAAUCAAUGAAACACAGCACUUGGUUUUUUAAUAGACAAAAUAAUCGGGAUAUUGUGGAUAUAGAUGAAUCUUGUGUGCCAGCCAACAGUGCCAAAAGUACUCAUGUUGUAUGUACAUAUGUAAUAACUGGCCUUGGCCUCGAAUGGCAGUGACUCAGCCAUGAAGGCUGUGGACUCGACUCCAACACUGAUCUUUAACCCGUUGAAAUAAACCUCUGGGACAUGUCGCAACUUCAGUAAAUAAACAGACAAUUAAAAAUAAUGGAUAUUUCCAAUGCUGGAUGUACUGAGAGAGUAUUAUUCAUUUUAUAGUUAAGAAAAAUCCGCUACAUUCAAUAUCCAUCCACUUUUCAGGAAAAACAUACUGUUUAUGAAAACUUUACGGGCCUAGUUUUACUUACAAUCCCCAAUCAUGUAAACAUAUCUUGCCCCGAACAUUUAAGAACUAUAUUUUUGCCCUAUACAAUCCAGUGAUAGUGUUGUACUAAUGCCAUCUACAAGUCAGUUUUCUUGACAGUUUAAACAGAUUUAUUUCCUUUACACUUUUUGAUUGUAUAAACUCUCUAUUUCCUGCUGUACAGUUGCCAAUCUUCUCUACUUUUUAUAUUCAUUUCAAUUCCAUACCUUUGUGCCUGGCUGUUUUGGCUUAUCACCUUCGUAUAUGUACAUAGUAUUAGAUGAACGUUUUUUAUCUCUGAAGCAAAGAAUAAAUAAAUGAAUAGGAAAGUAACCCAGAUGUACAGCUACAUAUAUUUUUCUAUAUAUAAUUUCUAGGAUUUCCAUUUUCAUGAAUAGAACUAUCAAGAAUAUGCGCAAAAAAAAGUAAAAUGGAUGGGUGACCUUAUUUAACAUAGAAUUCAAGAUUGAUUUCAUUCCCUAGAUGUGAAUCUUUUGACCACCCAAUUUAAAGACAGGAAUGUAUUUUUGAGUUAGUAAAUAGUAGCAGUGGUUAGUGGUGUUCAGUCAGUACUGUCUAUGAAAAUUAACAUUACGUAAUUCUGUAGAUUUUAUGAAAAAGGAGAGCACCUGAGUACCAUUGAGUGUCAAUUCAUGGUGUUGGUGACACUUACGUGCCACAGCAUCAAAUUGAAACCACCAAAUGCAACAAAUGGUAUUUUGUUUGAAAUGAAUUUUGAUACAACUGCAUGUAUUAGCACAGGAAUGAAAACUGACCACAUUAGUACGUACAUGUAGCUGGCAAAAUGUUUGUUACACUUAAAUAGAAAAAGAUGUUCAAUUAUGCAAGCAUUUCUCAUAACACUUCCAUUGUAGUUCUCACAAAAUAAAAAAGAUGAUUCAAUAAA